GCAGUUGUCCGGUUUUGAAAAAUCCGACAAUGUGUGCAUGAAAUGGCGGGCGAGAAGAGAAGUCGUUGAAUGGCUGACAUCAUUGGUCUCAAGGCAUCGUGUUCCAUACUCAGAUAUUUCAACCCGCUAGAGAGAGGGGGAGAGAGAGCUCAGCCUGUUAUAUUUCACCACCUUUCCAUGCAAGAGAGGUUGUUGUUACGUGUUCGUCUAUUUUCAUAAGCUCUUUCUGCCACAUCCUCCUGCUAUUUUUUGAUAUUUACAAACCAGUGCAUCCACUUGAUAGAGAGAUGCUAUGAGUUUUUCAAUAUGAUCUGGGGACAGUGAAUAGGAAGAAGGUAUUGUAUUAAACCUGAAACCUAUUAUCUACCAAUUUUAUUUUCUUCACGCUUAGCGAUCUUUCUUUUUAGUUGUCUAUGGAUGUUACAGAUUCUACCUUUUCUUCCUAAAUCUAUAGCUCCAAUCCUUUUUUUUGGCCUUAUUAAGGCCUUCACUUAACGCGCCUUUCUUCUUUUGUGAUGCUCAGUAUGAACUGAAGAAUUCUCUUCCACAGCUUCUGUUCACGGGGUGGGAAUACCAUUCUUUGAUUUCAUUUCUCACCUGUUGCACUGAGUGAUAACCAAUUUCAUUAAUUUUCUGAUUCGAUCAGAAAGGAAGGGUAUUUUCUUGUCCCAUCUGGCAAGGAAUUAGGUUCCAAUAAUUGUUCUGGCAUUUUUCCUACCUGUUAAAUCUAUGGAAUUUUGGCUCAUGACAACUGUGAAUUUCUGAGUUCUGACCACACAUACCAAUAGACAUUUCAACUGUGGUUUCCAUAAAUUCGUUUAACAGUCUGUAGGGUGCAUGCCACUUAUCUAGAAUCUAGUAUGAUUGGGGUUAGCAUGCUUCAUUCAUGUCUGUUACUUGUAGUCUAGUCAGAAGCACAUGAGAAGUUGUCCACGAAUGAAAGUUAAUGAAAUUCUACUCUAUUUGGGAUUUGGUUCUCUCUUGUUUUAAUUAUUCUUGAUUAGCAGGUGCAAUUACCAAGUAGGAAAAAGGCAGGAAUUCAAAUUAGUCCAGUUGUCAGGCUUGGUUUAUUUGUUAGUAGAGCAUAACAGGAUAGUCUUUCUUUAAUUCUGCCAAGUUCUGAUAUUGUUUAUGUAAUUGCUUUCCCUUUACCCAGGAGACCUGGGUUUGAUCCCCAGCAAUGGAAUAAAAUUAUUUUUACUGAUAAAAAAAUUGCUUUUCCAAUAGAAAACCACUGAUAGCCUCCAUUUAAAAUCGGUUGUCUUAAAUGGAACCAGUUAACUUUUGGGCUGUCAUUAAAAGAAAUUAUGGUAAGUUUUUGUGAGCAUUUAACUUGCAAUUGCCCUAUAUAUAUUACCUAGUUCGCCUAAGGUGUCAUUGUGGGAUACCAUACUGGAAAUCGGUUUUCAUUCCCCAUGUUUCAGGUAUCAUUAGAAUGAGAAUGACAGGAUAUCUCUUUCCAAUGUGUUGAGCUACCGGUGCUUUUUGAAAACUAUGAUUUAUAGAGGGUUUAGUCCUGAGUAGGCUCAGUUACUGUGAGCAUUUAAACCGGGCUGCUUAUUCAUUAUUCAAACCUGCUGAAGUCAAACAAAAAACAAUUGAGGGAUUCAAAUUGGCGCAUUUCGAUCUUGGUCUGCACCUACACCCCUUUACCUUGCCACUUGUCAGCAAUGAAUGGAUUGGCAUUUGAUGGUUAAUCUUUUAUAAAUUUAUAUGUUUAAUUCUGCUUUUAGUCAUCACACUUAUUUUUGCAUGGUCUUCUUGUCAACAUCUUUUUCAUAUUCCUCAAAUUGGUUAUAUGAAUUUAGUCUUAGGUAUAUUAUGCUGUAAUGAAACUUGCCUUGUAGUAAUGAAGUGUGUUUCUUUCCAAAGAAAUUCUUCAUGUGUGUUAACAGAUUCACCAACAAUUGAUUUACGACAAGCUUUAGGAUCUCUCGAAUUAUCAAUGACUGGAUCCUGUGCUCGUCAACCUUUCUCUACAGAUGAUAUGGUUGUAAGAAAAUUUAGAGCUCAAAGUUCGGAUAUUAUAUGGUCUGGCGAUGCUUGUAUCUGUGCCAAACAGCUCAAGCACUACCCAGCUUUUUGCAGGAACAGAACAACCAUAGCUGUUCAUUCGUUUGUAUAUAUUAUGGCUGAAGAAGGAAGUCAGUAUCUUGGUUACUUGGAAGAUAUGUAUGAAGACAAGAAGGGACUCAAAAAGGUUAAAGUGCGGUGGUUUCACCACUAUAAGGAAGUUGAGCGUGUAAUCCCUCAACUGGAUUCCCACCCAAGAGAAGUUUUCAUCACACCUCAUGUUCAGGUGAUCAGUGCUGAGUGUGUUGAUGGUCCUGCGACAGUUUUGACUCCUAAACAUUAUGAAAAAUGUGUGGCUACUGGUGCACCUAGUUCUUCACCAGGAAUCCACAUAUGCUUUAGGCAGUUUAAGAACAAUAAGAUCAAGCCCUUUACUCUUCCUAAGCUGUCUGGGUAUUCUAAUCAAGCUAUCCUCUCUUCUAUAGAUGGUUUGCUCGUCACCAAGCAAAAAGUCAAGUGCCAUAAAUUGAACAUGGAAGAUGAGGAAGAGUUUGCACAAGAUGAUCCUUUGAGGGUGGGUACUAAGAGGAAGAGAAGUUACAAGGGUUAUCAAGGAGUUGAAAUUGGUUCUGGUAUUGGACAUUCAUUCCCUAGGAAUCAGUUAACAGAGUGUGAACCAAAACUCCCAAAGUUGAAAUUGAGAUUUUCAAGGAGAACAACGGGAAUAAAGAUUUUUGAACCCAAAUGUCCUGUUUCUUUUAAGGUUGAUGACAAGAUAGAAUUGCUCUGUCAAGAUAGUGGCAUUUGUGGCUGCUGGUUUAGGUGUAAGGUCUUGCGGGCAUCUCAGAAGCAUCUGAAAGUUCAAUAUGAUGAUGUGCAGGAUGCAGAUGGAUGUGGCAAUCUAGAGGAAUGGGUCCCUUCUGCUAGAGUUGCAGCUCCCGAUAUGCUAGGCAUGAGAUGCUCAGGCCGCCUGACAAUUCGGCCAAGCCCUCCAGAAGAUUUUACCGACCUUGCAUUGGAGGUUGGUGCCCCAGUUGACGCAUGGUGGAGUGAUGGCUGGUGGGAAGGUGUUAUAACUGGAGUUGACACCUCUGGAAAUGACACUUGGCAUGUUUACUUCCCCGGGGAAGACAAGGUUCUGCAGCUCCACAAAAAGAAUUUUCGACCUUCCAGAGAUUGGAUAUGGGACAGAUGGGUUGAUAUAAAGGCGAAGCCUGACAUUCUCAAUUUAUGUGAAAAUGCCAGUCCUAACUUGAAGCUUUCAGUGUGUUCUGCUAUGGCUAAAGCAUCUCGGUGUGGUGGCUCUAAACUCUUGGAAACUCCCAAACUUGAAGCAGUUGAAGAACAGCAAGAAAUACCAGAUUUAACCAUUUCUGAUGAAGUCCUGGAAAGAGUUGAGGGUCGUGGGGAUGAAAAUGGUGAUAAUAAUGCCAAUGGUGAUCUUGGUUCUGACAAAGAUGUGAACAGCUGAAGCCUGAGAAUGGAUAGCCUAGCGGUUUGUCUAAUGUGCAGAUUUUUGACUUUGAUGAUAGAUAUUUAAAGUUGGGCUUCAUCGAGUAAAUUAGGUGCAUGACUGCUGAUCUAGGAAAACUUGAGAAUUUCUCAAGUCCCGAGUUAUCUAACAUCAGGAGCAUUGGCGGGGUGUACAGCAAUAUCUGUGGCAGGUUUUAACAUUGCGGCAUGAAGAGUAGCAUUUUAUUUGCAAUCAAAGUUCAAGAUAACUAUGUCAGGCUAGACAGUAGCAGUUCAAUAUCGCUUUUAGAAGUCAUCUGGUGUUUUUUGUGCUAGCAAGUUCUGGCAUCGUGCUCUUCACCAUAUAGUUUCAAUGUCAAAUAUAGUUUUGAGUUUUCAACUGUAAAGCUUAUUUUACAUUGGGAGGAAAUACUCGUGCAUUGUUGCCAAUGUUGCGCUCUCUCUCAAUAAAUAUUUACUCAGACGCUAUGUGGCCAUAACCCAUUUGGUGUCCCUUCA